AUGGGAAAAUUUGCUACACAGAAGCGUAAAAAACGCCAAUUUUGUGCCAAUCAACAUACUAAACGUUCUCGUGUUGAAUAUGAGGAAGAGGGCGAGCCAGUAAUGCAAGAAAAUAACGAGGAAAGCGAGGUUUCUUUGAGUGCUGAUGAGGGCAACGUGGGCGCUAUUCCAGCUGGAAUUUCAGUGUCCUACAGGAAGCUUCAGCCUCGUGUUCGGCAGAAUUCCAGUGAGAAAAGAACCCCUAAACCUUCAACAAAAAGUUCUCAAGGCACUUAUGGAUUCAGGCUUUGUGAUAUGGAACUUAUUGGAAAUGUUUUUUCCAUAUUUGUCAGCUUCCCAGAAUGUAUACAACACAAUGGAAGAAAAUAAUAUCAAACGUAAAGAUUGUGCUUCUAAACUCCACCUCACUUGCCAACACUGCAAAUGGAUGCAUUUGUCUUGGAUUUCAAAACGAAAAACAAAAGAGUUUUGAAGUAAAUUGACGAUUAGUGUAUGGAAUGCGAAUGAUUGGCAAUGGUCAUGCUGGUGCGUCAAAGGUUUGCUCUGUCAUGAACAUGACACCACCACCUAGACCAAAGUCUUUCAAGAAGUCAUCUCGUGUCAUUGCUAAGCAUGCAAAGACAGUUGCUAAGAAGAGCAUGAAAGCAGCUGCAAAAGAAGUGUGUGUUUUGCAACAAAAUGAAGAUGUUGAUGGAACAAAUUCUGUAGACUGUGGUAUUUGA